AUGUACCACUCCUUCUUUUCGUUCAACGCAUUUGCCAAAGUUUUUAUAGUUCUUGUCUCUUUACUCUCGAUCGUCUUUGGCCAACAGGGCUUUGAUUGUGAUACGGAGAACCCAUGCAAAGUUGGCUGCUGCUCAAAAUCAGGCAGCUGUGGGUUUGGACCCGACUGGUGUAGUCCAGAAAAUUGUAUUGGCACCUGUGAUGCUGUUGCGGAAUGUGGCAAGUAUGCCGCUAUCCCAGACUCAGAAUGCCCCCUGAAUGUAUGCUGCAGCCAGUGGGGAUUCUGUGGCACGACCGAGGAAUUUUGUCAAGUCUCCUCUGCGCCCGGUAAAGGUUGCCAGAGUAAUUGCGGGAAGCCGGAUCGAAAGAAAUGCAGCGCCAACUGGACAAAACGGCGAAUAGCUUACUACGAAACAUGGGCAGAUACCCGAGAAUGCGACCCUUUCAGGCCUGAGGAUAUCCCAGUGAAAGCCCUCACUCACCUCAAUAUUGCGUUCGGUGGAAUUAAAGACUCGAAAAUCUCCAUUGAUGACUCGGAAAUGAUAUCUCGAAUUGUUAACCUGAAACGUCGCAACCGAUCACUUAAAGUGUUUAUUGCUGUUGGAGGAUGGGCCUUUAGUGACCCAGGACCAACGAGGACUGCAUGGUCCGAUAUGGCUGCGGAUAGGAACUCUCGCGGCACUUUUGCAUCGAGUGUCGUGGAUCUACUCGAAACAUACGGCCUAGAUGGUAUUGACCUCGAUUGGGAGUAUCCGGUGGCUGAUGACCGUGGAGGUAGCCCAGAUGAUUUUCUCAACCUAUUCCAUCUUGUCGCCGCCCUGCGAAAAGCCUUUAACUCUCACAACCCUGCAUGGGGUAUUUCUAUGGCAAUUCCCGCAAGUUACUGGUACCUUCAGCAUUUCAAUCUUGCCAGCCUACAAGGCCAGGUCAGUUGGUUCAAUCUAAUGAGCUAUGACAUCCAUGGAAAGUGGGAUAGAGACAAUAAGUACACGGGGCCCUAUGUUCUUGGGCACACCAAUGUUACUGAGAUCCAGGAUGGGCUGGAUCUUCUGCGAAGAGUUGAUGUCGAUCUGCAGAAGGUCAACCUAGGUAUCGGCUUUUAUGGACGGUCUUUCACAUUGGCCGAUCCUAAGUGCAACACACCAGGUUGUAUCUUUCGCGAUGCCGGCACAAGGGGGGAGUGCUCCGGUGAACCAGGCAUUCUUACAUUCAAAGAGAUCAUGGCUCGUCAAAAGCGACUAAACGAGAAAACCAUUCAUUACGAUGAAGAGGCUGGGGUUAAGUAUAUGGUAUAUGAUGAGACUCAAUGGGUCACUUACGAUGAUGCAGAGAGUUUCGGAAAGAAACGUGAAAUCUUGGACAACGACUGCCUUGGGGGAGUCAUGAUAUGGGCAAUAGACCAAGAUACUAACGAUUUUCAAGCGCUCUCUGGUCUUCUUGGUGACGACUUUGUCUCAGGCUCUCUCCUAGAAGGAGGAAGUUUGAGCGAUGAUGAGAAAGCAGGACUGGCCAGUGACCUUGGCGGACUUACGGGUGACGGAUGCUAUGUGACGUUUGGCUGUGCAGGGGAGGACGGCCACGGUAGAUUGAGUAAAUGCAACCCCGGUGAUAUACCCGUUGCGCGGGUUCAUUCUCCUCGCGAGGCAGACAUAAAUCUCUACGGCCUUCUCUCUCACGAAGCAAGUUACUGUCCGAAGGGAAAGUGGAAAACUGUAUGUUGUUCCGCGAAAAGCCCAGCGACGAACUGCGAGUGGGUUGGCCAACCGCAUAGGGACUGGAAACCCUGCACUGGAGGGAAGGGGACCGAUACCUGCGGGCCUUCACGGUACGAACUCAUAACAGAUACCGCUAUUACCGAAACAGGGGAGAAAUUUUGUUCAAGCGGAGCUAGAUCACUUUGCUGCGAUGCGGCCCCAGAUCUCGAGCAGUGUCAUUGGACUCAUUGCACGCAGUUUGGUAACUGUCCACUGGGUGAGAAGCGGAUUGCAAUCCGCGGCGACAAAGAAGGAGGAGCAUCAUGUCGCGAUGGGGAAUGGCAAAACUUCUGCUGUGCUACUAAAGGUAACCCGGAGGUAGAGCCUUCGCGUUUAGAGGACGGAGUCACGGUUAUUAAAUUUCCAACCGCGCAAAUGUGUUCCAUCACACGAUGCAAAUCGACUCAAGUUACGUUUGGGAAGUCGAUGUUACCAGAGCGGACUGGUGGCUCUCCCUCCCCCUGUGGUUAUUUCUAUGAAGGAAUUCAACAUCGGUUAUGUUGCGAUCCUCUCGCCGAACUCGAUUUACCCUUUGAUGUUAAGAAAAUAUUCCCGCAUCCUAUCGGCGAUGAUGUUAUUUAUCAUUACUCUGAUAACUAUGGGAAUAAUGACCGUGACCCAAACGGCCCAGGGGAGACGGAUGUAGGCGAUGAUCCCUACGGCUUUAUUGUUCUUGAUGGCGAUCAAGACGCUCUUCAGGGCAAUUUCCCCAGAGACUUUGUAUUUGUCCACAAAGAUGAUGGGACAGGAAAUCCCCUAAGGAGACGUGAGACCCUCACCCGUGAUGAUCCCGAUCUAAUGUCCUGGGUAUUUGAACAUGAGGAAUCUGAGCACCUAGUAUACUGUCGUAAUGGCCGGGGGCAACAUUGUGAAAAAAUAUUCAGCGGAGGGGCCGCUGAUACUAUCAUUGGGCUUCCGCGGCACAUUGGGUCGGGCCCAUAUGCGCGCGUUGUCUCCAUGGAGCCUGUGGACAACAGUGAGCUACCCAAGUACCAUAUAAGGAAACGCUCAGCGGAGGCACAUAACUCUACUGUUUACAAGUUGCUCUUCGACUACAAUUUUCAGGCGAUUCGCCGAUCAGAUUCGAGAGUGAAUAUCCGGAUUGACUAUACCAACCUUGUUCCCUAUUGGGAUGAGAUGACAGGCAAGGAGUCUGAGACAGGAUCAAUGGAGAGACGUGCUUUGCGCCAUGAGAAACGCUGGUGGGGAGGCUAUACGGAAUGGAUAGAGAAACUCUCGAAGGUCCGCGCGUCAGAUGAAGGCAAGUUACCACUCUCGAUCCAUAAACGGAUGCUUCUUUACCGCCGAAGAGCACAGUGCGCAAGAGGAAACACUGUCCUCAAAGCAGGGCUGGACGUCACUCUUGACGCCAAGUUUGAUAUGAAUGCUAGGUGGGCGUAUUAUGCAGAGGGCACAAUCAUACCUCUAGCUAUCGACAACGUCUAUACAUACUUCGAACUAGAACCUGAAGCUCAAGCAAUCAUUGAAAUUGAUGGAAGUGCCGAGAUGGAGUAUAAGAGUCAGCGGAUAAAGAUUAUUGAUACCCUCUCAUACCCUGGCUUAGCCAUCAAAGGCAUUGCAGCGAUUGGACCGACGUUGGACAUAUAUGGCUCCAUGGCGGCUGGUGCUAAACUUGCCGGGACACUCAAAGCAGGCGGGAAGAUCAAGUUUCCGAAAUAUGAGUUGUAUUUCCCGCAGACAGAGGACGCGGAGAGGUACCAGAAGUUCCCUACUCCCCGAGAGGAAGACGAGCAAAGAGCUGGGGGUGUUGAUACGAUACCCAUCUUGGACGCAAGCGUUGAAGCGAAUGUUCACGUCGAUUUUAUCAUUACACCCGAGGUUAAUUUAGGUAUCAAAGUUAACGCCCCUUCCAUCAAGGGACCGGUAUUGGAUGCUCAAAUAGUCGCAUUCGUAAACAAUACAAUGCGUUUUGAGGUGCAGGCGAAUGCAAAUGGGGGAAUUGAACAACCGCCCGCUGCUUCUUAUAGUAUUUUUAUCAAAUACUUUUACAAUUUUGGUGAGCAUUCAAUCUGCCCAAUCUUGUCUACACUAUAUUUUCCGCUAACACAAAACCUAGGAUAUGCUCGAACAAUUUGGCCCGGUCUUGGUCGUCAAAUUGUUUUAUUCGAGCAUCAUGGCUCCACGGCUGUUUCGAAACGAAAUACAUUAACUUUGGACAGCUAUGAAACCGACAGAUUCAUGCCUUUGUACAGUAGCAAUUCCACGACCCGUCGUCUCAGCAAGAGGGGAGAAGGCCCAGCUGAGGUUCCGUCGUUUGGCAACAGUCUCAAGAGUUUCUUCAACUGCAAUGAUAAAGGCCAGUGCUCCACUGGUGGUUGCAAUGGCGAUGCUUGCGAUUGGAACCCUUCUAAACAAUCUUCACUUUCUAAACGUGAUGAUACUAAUAAUGACGAUGAGGACCCCGUGGAUGUUGAUCCGGUCCAAAACUGUGUGAAUUCAAUUCCUGCGAUGAUGUAUAAUUGCAAGUGGUUUCCAGACGAGCACACUGGAUCUGGGGUGUUCCCAGGUAUCUGCCGCAACAUUCUGCAAUAUUUCACGGAUAAUGGCCUUGGUUCAGGCCCUCUUCAGGCAACCUUCAGUAACAUAGGGAGCUCAACAGAAGGAGCCAACAGAAACUUUGCCUGCGGGUCUCGUUCCUGGCAUUCUUAUGAGAUCAAUGAUCCCAACACAAACAAUUUGAUAACGGUCACCGAGACUUGGUCGCAACGGUGUGCGCGGCAAUCGAAUACUUUCGCUGAUCUAUCCCAAAAGCCGCAUGGCAAACCUGGGAACAAGAACUGGUUUAGUUGCGAUGAGUUUCCAUUUAACUCACUAAAGGAAGGCGGCGCGGGUGCCCAAGUUGACUGUGUUCCUGGAUACCAACAGGAGAUGCAGUCGAAUCUGAACAAAUUGCCACGAGGCUUGGAGCAAGAAGUGACCUGGACGGACAGCCAAGGACAAACCCGAACAGCAUUCAAGCUUUGGUCUAAAGACUGGCAAGCCUCGGCGGCGGUGGGCACCAGACGCGACCCGAAUAAGGAUACAGCAUGGAACUGGGAGCUCAAUAACGAGAAGUCGUUUACUUUUCACCUUUUUAAUUCAGAUUCACUUACAACCACCACGGGCGGAACGUAUGAAGUGUUCAACCACAAGCUGAAAGAUGUUGCCAGCGGCAAAAAUCCUACAGACGACAUAAACAUCGUGGUCGCCGCAAUGAAUACCUUUGAUAACAAGAAAUAUAGAAUGCCAGGCGCCAACGCUUGGUGUCACAAUGUUGGAAAUCCUUUCAGGAAUCACGAAUUAUGGGGAAAUGCUGGAGGCCGGUUCAUUCGGAUUGUAGAGUAA